AUGGCAGCUGUUGACAAAAACGCGCCUUCGCCUGCGACAGAUACCGAAGGAACAUCUAGCUGUGUAGCUUGCGAUAAGCCGGACGGCGCUGGGAACCUUGUCCAGUGUGACCAAUGCGACGAUUGGUGGCAUCAAUCUUGCGCUGGUGUCACGGGGUCCAUCAAAAGCAAGCCGUGGACUUGCCGUAAGUGUGUUCCAGCUCCUAGUAUCGCGAGUAGCACCACCACAACCAGUUCACACAAACGCAUUCAACUAAAACUAGAGAAGCUGGCUGAAAAGCGCGCUCUAGAGCAAAAAGCUCUAAAGGUUAAACUGGAUGCAAUCCAUGCCGAACAGCAGAUGGUUGAUGAGAAGUACAAACUUCUCCAAGCAGCUGUCGAAGAUCCGGAAGAAAACGGCAGCCAUCGAAGUCGGGUAACUAAAAGAAGCAGUCUUCAACGAACCGUUGAUUGGCUCGACCAAAUCUCAGAGCCCGAGAACGACGUGUGCGAUGUCAUUGGGCUCGAAUCCGAAAUCAGUCCUACGAUUCCACAACAUCCACCAAAUUCUUUUGCCACUCUUCCACCCGUCCGAGCAGCAGGAAUGCAUUCCGGAACCACGCCCAAACUAAAUCCAACCAACAAAAGCGGAAGGGGAGGACAUUCGAGGAAAUUGAUAUCAACAUCGAAUGCUGACGUGCAACACAUCGAGCAGCUGCAGAAAAAACGCGCCGGUUUAAAACAGCAUCCGAACGCUGGGUUACCAUCUGCCUUUCCUCUCCCGGAGUUCAGAGCAGAUCAACAGGAAAAUUAUUUUGUCCCCAACGUCAUCAUCGAAGACGGAGAAACCGAACAGCCUUCCCCUCCGACCAAGUAUACCUCCAACCAACACCAACAAGUACAACGUUUACCUGAUAAUUACAAGAUGCAGUGGGCGGAUUAUAGUGUAGUGAAAAGUGAUGUUGAUUUGCAUGAUUUUGGAGAAUUUAUGAAUAAAUUGAUUACCUCCGCCAGUCGUGUUACCUUGUACACGGGACCAACCGGUAGAUCGGAAGAUCGUAGCAAACCGAAGCGCGGUUUGCUUCAUGCGCACGUGGACGUCCGUCAAACAACUAGCCGAGUUCUGACAUGCGUUGCAUGUGAUGGGGAUCAUCGUCUCAAGGAUUGUGCGGAAUUUGCAUCGUUCAACAUAAACAACCGUUGGCAGCUGGUACUCAAAGAAGGACUUUGCAGGAACUGUCUUAAUUUCCAUGGUCGUCGUUCCUGUCGAGUGCGUGGUCAAUGUGAUGUGAACGGUUGCCAGCAGCGACAUCAUCCUCUUCUACAUUCCCCUCGAACCCCUCCUCCUUCUAGUGAUGCUUCGAAUAAUUUUGUAAACCAUCAUACCGUUACGUCAGCUGAAAAUCACUCACAUCGGAGUUCGACCUCAUCUCAUCUUUUCCGUAUUUUGCCGAUCACGGUGUAUGGAAGCGGAAACCGAAAGCUAGAUACUUAUGCCUUUUUGGAUGAGGGCUCAUCUCUUACACUCAUGGAAGAGGCGUUAGCUCAUGAGCUUGGAAUCCAAGGUGAUCCUCAAGUUCUCUGCUUAAAAUGGACUGGAAACGUGACCCGAACCGAACGCAGUUCACAAAAAAUUGAAUUAAAAAUAUCCGGCAUUAAUCUUGCUAAAUAUCAAUUACAAGAUACCAGAACGGUAAAAGCUUUGACACUUCCGCAACAGUCAUUGCAAUUUGAUUCACUGUCAACAAUGUUCCACCAUCUACAAGGUCUACCAAUCUCAAGCUAUACUCAUGCAGUGCCCCGAAUUUUAAUUGGAGUUAAUAAUAUCCGGUUGACAGUUCCUCUUCGAGUUAAAGAAGGCAAGCUCAACGAACCAGUUGCUACCAAGACACGCCUUGGUUGGUGUGUUUAUGGGGGAACAGUCGAUGUAAUAGAAAAAUCAACAGUGAAUCUUCAUACAUGCGUGUGCAUAACCGAUCGAACACUCCAUGAUACGGUAAAAGAUUACUUCGCAUUAGAAGAUACUGGUAUUGCGGCUUCAAAAAUGUUAGAAUCGGCAGAUGAUAUCAGAGCAAAUAAGAUUCUGGAAGAAUCAACUAUUCGCGUUGGCCAACGUUUUCAGACCGGUCUACUAUGGAAAUACGAUCCUGACCUAAUUGAGUUUCCGGACAGUUUUCCUAUGGCCAUGAAACGAUUCGAAUGUCUCGAAAGAAAGCUGGAAAAAAACCUGAAAAUAAAACAAACAAUUGAACAACAAAUUAAAGAUUAUGUAGCAAAAGGAUACGCUCGUCGAGCUACUACAGAUGAACUUGAAAAUAGCGAUCCUCGGAAAGUAUGGUACUUACCGUUGGGUGUAGUAGUGAAUCCCAAGAAACCGGGAAAAGUACGUAUGGUUUGGGAUGCAUCUGCCAUGGUAAAAGGAGUGUCGUUAAAUACAAUGUUGUUAAAGGGACCUGAUCAGCUCGUUGCAUUACCAAGAGUUCUUUUUCGAUUUCGCCAGUUCGCUAUUGCAGUAACGGGCGAUAUAGCAGAAAUGUAUCACCAGAUUCUUAUCCGCCCCCAAGAUCAACAAUCUCAACGAUUUCUUUGGCGAUCAGUCCCGAACAAAAAUCUAGAAGUUUUCGUUAUGCAGGUAGCGACGUUUGGAUCCACUUGUUCUCCUGCAUCCGCCCAAUACGUCAAAAACCGGAAUGCCAUGGAGUUUUCUGAGAAAUAUCCCCGAGCUGCAGAAGAGAUUAUAGAUGGUCACUAUGUAGAUGACUAUAUGGGAAGCUUCGCCAGUAAAGAAGAAGCCAAAAAAGUUGCUGUUGAAAUACGUGAUGUUCAUGCUCAUGGUGGAUUCAAAAUACGAGACUGGAAGUCAAACUGCCCCGAAGUUAUCGAUGUACUGGAGAAACAAACAAUCAGCAAUCCGUCGUGCAUUGGGAUCAACUCGACAAGUAGCGAGAAGGUGUUAGGCAUGCAAUGGUUCUCCGGAGAAGAUCUCCUAGCCUACAGCACCUCUUUUCAACAAGAUUUGCAGAAGCUUAUCACUAGCAAAAAUAGACCUACAAAGCGUCAAGUUCUCAAAUUUCUGAUGAGUGUGUUUGAUCCUCUGGGGCUUUUAGCAGCGUUCGUGGUGCAAGGGAAAGUGUUGUUGCAAGACAUCUGGCGUGCUGGGACCAAAUGGGAUGAAGAAAUCGACGACCAAGGUUAUGCGAAGUGGAUACGAUGGACUGACCUCUUCAAAGUGAUAGCGGACCUAAGAAUCCCCAGGUGUUAUUAUCCCGGUGCAACAGCUCAACAGUACAAGUAUUUAGAACUCCACGUAUUUGCUGAUGCAAGCGAAGACGCUUAUGCUGCAGUUGCCUUCUUCCGUAUUCCUGUUUCCGACGAAUCUUUCCAGUGCUCCUUGGUUGCGGCUAAGACAAAAUCUUCUGGUCAGAUUCAAGCACAGUUUUGGCAUGGAUACGCUCCGAUCAUCGGCGUUAUAAACAGUUUGUUGCCUGUCGUGUUUCUGAGGUCUUAA